AUGAACAGAGUGGAAAUUACAUCAAAUUAUUCUACAAGUCUUCAACAUGAUUUCACUUCUUUUGAGAAUAAUUCAUCACGAGUACAUACAUCCUCACCUUCAUCAUCAAAACUCUCAACCAUUCAUAUUUUAUAUUUUGCAAUGAGAUUUCCAGAAUUAUCAGCAACUGCAAGUUCUGUUCGAAUUUAUCAAUUAUUAGAAUCAUUCAAACAAUUACCUUAUUAUUUAAAUCAUCCUACACGAGAUUUAAUUCAUGAAUUUCAUCAAAAAAUGAAUUUGAAAAAAACAAAUGACAUUCAUUACUGUGAGAAUGAUUUCAAGAAGGAUACAAAUGAUUCUCAGACUCUUCCUCAUACAUCACUUCAUGUCACUUUUAUUUCACCACAAUCCAUUCAUACUAUUCAAGCUCAACAAUUUUAUCAUGAUUUUAGAGAUCAAUUUACAUCAUUUAAAUUAAAAACCAUUGAAAGCAAUGAUUUAUCAAGUAUGGAUGAAUUUUUAAAAGAAUAUAUUCAUUGUCGUACAACACAUGAUACAACCACUACCAUCCCUACUAAUCAUCAUCAUCCUAUAUUAAAUAUAUGUAUAUUUGAUACAAUGAUUAGUGAAGAGAUUUAUAGUUUUAGAGCUAGAGAAUUAUUAGAGCCUCAUCAUCAUACUCUAUUUAUAACAGAUACUCAAGAUUUGAGAAGUUUAAGAAAUUUUAGAAUGGAACAAUUAAGGAAUGAUCAUUCCAAUCGUAUGUCGACAUUUCAUUCCAAUCAUCAACAACAAUAUCAUCAACAACAAUAUCAACAACAACAGCAAGAACCAUUUGUGUCCAUAAACAAACCCAAUGCCACUAAUGAAUUAUUAUUAAGAGAAUUAUCAUCGAUUUAUCGAAGUGAUUUAUCUUUAAUUGUGAGCAGAGAUGAAUUUAAAUAUUUAUUACAUGAUUAUGGAAUUCCAAAACAAAAGAUUGCAAUGGCUUCAUUCUUUUAUUCUACACCAUCUUCAAGUGGUGGUUGUGGUGAUGGUGGUGUUCAUACUACUGGUCAUGGUAGUAUCUUGGGUGGAUGUACUAGUACUAGCAGCAGUCAUGGUAGUGAUAACAAUUCUAGAAGUAGUUCUAGUACUAAUAGUAUCAGUAGUAAUUGUGGUGAUACUAUGAAUAGUAAUAGUAAUACUUGUAGUAAUAAUACACAACAUGAUCAUAAUGACACUAAUUGCAAUGUUAGUAAUGAAUUUUAUCAUGACACUUCUUUUCAUUCACGUAAACAUUUUAUGAGUAUUGGAAAUGGAAAUCAUCCACCCAAUAAGGAUUCUAUCAAUUAUUUAAGAUAUCAUGUAUGGCCAUUCAUUCAUUCCAAAUUACCAACUACUGAAUGUCAUAUCUAUGGAGCCUAUUUAGAUUCAUCGUGUAUUCAUUCACUCACAUCUAAAUCAUUGAAUUUUUAUGUGAAAGGUAAAAUGAUGAAUUUAAAUGAAAUGUUCAAGUAUCGAGUGAAUUUGGCCAUGUUGAGAGCUGGUGCUGGAAUUAAGGGUAAAAUUGCAGAUGGAUGGAUGUAUGGAUUACCAUGUGUUUCAACACUCAUUGGAUAUGAAGGAAUGAAUAUUGACGAAAAUGAUGAAAUGAACAUGUGGAGUGAAAAUGUUAAUCAUGACCAUCAUGAUCAUCAUCAUCAUAACAACAAAUCAUGUCAUCAUGGUCACAUCCACACUCACUGGGGUGGACUCAUUGCACAUUCUCUCAAUGAAUUCAUUUCCCAUGCUCACUCUCUCUAUACGAAUGAAUCUUUAUGGAAAAAAGCAUCCCAACAAGGCUAUUCAAUACUCUCACAAUUAUUUUGUAAAGAUACAAAUACUCAUCAAUUAUUAUUUGAUAUUAAGAGAGUGUAUGAAGACAAGAUUUUACUUGGAAUGUCCUAUUAUUCUUCACCUUAUAAUUAUGUACAGCAUGUAUUGUCAUUGAAUCAAUAUCGAACUAGUCAUUAUAUGGCGAAAUAUAUUCAUGAAAAGAAUAAGAAUAUUAUUGAGAAGAGGAAUGAUCGUUAG